UCAAGGUUUCUAAUUCCAAUUUUCUUUCAGUUUUUAAAAAUCCAUAUGAUCUUAAAUGUAAUGUUGGAUCGAUUGAUCCUGAUAAUCUUGGAUCUAGUAUUUCUACUUUUGGGAUCGUGACUACGGUUGUUUUUCUAGUGACUGAUCUUUUACUUGACAUUACCAUGGGUGCAUGUUUAUUGGUUUGUUGUUGUACUCUAGGAUAUGAUGAUGAUGGGUUCGAUUCAGGUUCAAGUUCAAGUUCGGGCUCGGAUUCAGAUUCAGAUUCACUAGAUUGUUCAACGUUUUUUGUUGGUUUUGGAUAUGGCUUUGUUGGUUUUGGUUCAGGUUUUCUUGAAUUUUUUGCUUGUUUUUGGGAUUUGAGAGGAGCACCAAUCGAUAAAUGAGCUAGAUGACCUGAUUGCUUUAAAUGAACAAGUCAAACAAAAAUAGCCAUACAUUAUUUCAAUUGAUAAUGAUCAUGAGAAGUAGAAUGUUUUUUUGAAGAUAAACAAAGUGAAGUUGAAUAAAAUGAAAAUGAAUCAGAUUGAGAAUGAAGUUGACGAUUGGAAUGAUAACAAUUAAAUGAAAUGAAUCAAUUGAAGAACAAUCACUAUGAUGAAUUGUAAUUGAGGGUGAUGGAUAUUUGUGUGGUAAGUAUUUUGAUUGAUGAUUUGUUGAUAAUGAUUUAG